AUGCAGCACGUGGAAGAUUUUGACUCUGAGGGCUCACAGGAGCAGCAAUACUAUGCCGCGUACGAGGACUGGAGCGUGCACCGUGCCAUGCUUUCGGACAAGCCGCGCAUGGAUUUUUACAGGAGCAUUCUCAGUGACCCUGAUGUAGUUCGAGGAAAGGUAGUCGCAGAUGUUGGGUCGGGAACGGGCGUGCUAAGUGUGUGGGCCGCACUAGCAGGGGCGGCUCACGUUGUUUCCCUUGAGGCCUCUACCAUGGCUCGUGCCCAGAGUUUGGUGUUUGAAGAAAACGCUGUGGUCGAUCGCGUGAGCGUGAUUGAGAUGACGGUCGAGGCGCUUGUAGUGCGUGGAGUUGACGAUUUUAUUGAACGGUACAGCUUUGUACGCGAAGCGGGCGGCGUCGCGCUACUGGUCUCGGAGUGGAUGGGGUUUUAUUUAUUUCACGAAGGCAUGCUACCGUCUGUUCUCCUUGCUCGCGACUUUUUCAAUCAGGUCAAUAACACCCUUAAUCAUGGUAUCACGCUCAAAAUGAUACCGUCAUCUGCUGUCAUCAAGGCCGCCCCUGUAUCCUUGCGGCCGUAUUUUGAGCAGGUGAUCCAGCCAUUUUGGAACUCCGUUGCGGGGAUACGCAUGGGCUCUGUCGCGCACCUUGCAUAUGAACAGGCCAUCCAAGCUGCUUCACCCAUGAUCGAUGUGAUUCCCCCAGGCUGCCUCUUGCAUGAGGGAGAGGAAGUUUGGUCUAGUGAUCUUUCAACAUUAUCGGCAUCCGAUAUUCAAUGUGUGAACCAAAAAGUGCGCUUUGAAUUUAUGAAUUCUACGGUUUUUAAAGCUAAGCUUAAAGAAGAUGGAGUCAACGUCGUGGAUGGUUUCAUCUUGUGGUUCGAGGUUGGUUCUGAGUCAAAGUGCCUUAGCACCUCUCCUGCCCAUCCUCCUACACACUGGAAGCAGUCCGUAAUGCUCUUGCCUUAUGCCUACCGGCACGAAAGGGUUGUUGCUUUCGACACAGCGGAUGACGUGUUUGAGGUCACAUUCACCUUUAAAACGCGAGACGAUAACCCACGUUGCUACAUUUUAGCGUUUGAGCUGAAUUAG